UAUAUCUCGAAGCGCAUGACGCCGUUUUCUAAACGAGCGUUUCAAAACGUGUUUUAUUGUUAAUGGCAUAGUUACCGCUCUCGUUGCCAUAAUAACUGGAAUGCAGCCGCGCAGUUAAUCGGAUAAUGACAAUUUUCUCGUUUGCCUGUCACGUGAUGUUUAAUACUCGAUGCUGCAAUCCAUCAAGGGCCGCGGAACGUCGGGAAAAUGGGUCGUGCGAAAGCUCCUAAGGAGAUGCAAGUGGAGACAUGGCUUGUCAGGGACAAAAUAAGUCGAUAUCGUGGAAUUCUCAAGUUGCAUGCACGCGACAAGAGGCUGCAGCUGUCGCAAGCAACGAGAUUGAAAUCGAUAGUGUCAAGGAAGGUCGCGUCCCUGGAAGUAGAUGUUGAGAGACAUCGCGAAAUUGUCAAUGAUCUCCGCGACGACGGUAAACAACAUAUCCUCCGAUCGCUGCAGGCCGAUUAUAAAAGAUUUUACUUGGCGUUCAGUCACCUGAAACCAUCCGAAAUUUAUGCGGCGGUGUAUCAAGAUUGCAAUUUGAAACGUCGACUCUUGGACAAGCUCUACUAUGAGAGAAAGAAAAGAUUGAAGGGAGGUGUCGAAUUACAGCUGGAGCACGACGUUCUUUCGAUCGAACUCGAGGAGCAAAGCGAGUACCUGCCGAACUGCGAGCAGCAACGAUUGGUAGCGCAAUUACAGCGAUCCAUCGCGAAGUAUAACGCGGCAAAAGACAUACAUUCCACGUACUGGUCGAUGCUAAGUAUCCUGAAGAAGGACGCGAUAUUCUUCGAUACCCUGUUGAACAUUUUGAAGAAGGAUCAAUCCUCCCAAUGCAAAGAGAUGCUGAAGGUGACGGUGAUGGGCCAGCUGGCAGCGGAGAAUCUGGACGACGUCAGGCAGAAGUACAAACGAAUGUCUCGCGUCGUCUGGCGUAAUAUGAAAAUCAGGGAGCAAAUGUUGAGCACGGUGCAGUAUCAGGUGAAGGAUCUGUGGGCCUACGCGCAGUCAUUAGUGCGCGUUGAGAGCGUUCACAUUUUUGCGAAAAAAGAUACCGACGUGUUCAACAAAACGUUCGAAAAUCAGUUAACACAGUUGGAAGGUAUCUGCACCGAAGUGAAAGAAUCUCUACUCGUGCGUUCGUAUCAUGACCUGCUAUCGAGGCUUGAAAAUCAAUCCGAGCACAGGACAGCUUUGCUGGCGCGAUUAGACGUCAAUAUAAAGAAUCGCGACGCUUUAUUGAACAAAAAGAAUCAGGCUUUACAAGUUCUCGAGGGUCUCAAGUAUUCCACGAAAAUUGCAACAGAACAGUACAAGACAAACGGUAUGCAAGAUAUAUUGGAACAAAUCGAAAUCGAGAAGAAACGUGAGAAGGACACGAAGGAACAGAUAAAGGAUCAUGGCGAAUUGCUCACGAAUAUCAGAGCGGCCUUACAGAGUAUGAACACGAUGUUGCUUUGCAUGAAAUAUAGCGGCAAAGGAGUGAGGAAGGUCAAAGAGAAUAAGAGAGAAACGACGAUAUUCAACGAUAAAGAAGAUACAGAAGACGUGCUGGCGGAGAUCGAAGGAAUGGACACCGAUGUUUUAACGCUGCUGUCAAAGGUCAGCCGAAAAAUAAACAUUCUCUUCGGUAUCAGCAAUUUCGAUCUCGAGCAGAAGGAAGACGAAGCCCGGGAUCUCUAUCACACCUACGUAUCGAAUUAUAAUUCCGGUUUGAUAUUCGGGACCGGUGAAGAGGAAGAAAUUAGGCUAAUGGUCGAACACGAGAUAGUCGACGCUACUGUUCCGUCGCGAGCAGACAUCAAGUAUCAGAGCAGGCAGAUUCUGGAGGCACACCUGAAACCGGAAUAGCUUGUCAUGCCACAAGAAAAAAUGCAACGUUUGAAAACAACUUUGAUUUAUCAAUUACAAUACGCUGCAUUAUCAA